AUCUUGUGAAUUCUUUUUUGAAAAGUGCAAAUGUGGUUCUAGUGAGCAAUACGAAAAGGAUACAUUAAGCUCUAAGGCCAAUCCUCAGCCAACGAAUUUGAAUCGACUUUGGUGAUUUCACUUUGUGGAAAUAUGAAGUUCCAUUUGAUAGCCCUUUUGGGCUGGCUGGGAGCUGUCCUGGCAGAUCCUUCACCAACCUUAGCCCCGCCGAUUCUCCCUUGCGUCCACGCGGCCACCGCCGGCUACUCGUAUCCUCCUCCGGCUGAGGUGAAGUUCUCCAUCACGCCAGGAGUAACCAAGUACAGCCAAACUCCGGCUAUCUCCACAUACUCGGAGAACGGCAAGCUGCUGCAUACCUCGGUGGGCACUGGCGGAGCAUCCUACGAGUCCACCGUUGGAUUGGAGGGUCUGUCCCACGGUGGCAUCACCCAGAUCGACAAGUACAUAGCUCCGGUGCAGAAAUCACUGUUUACUCCGUCAGCGGAGUACGGAGCAGGCAUAACCUAUGCGGAAAAAUCUCCGGCGGCCAAGUACGCAACUGUGGUGCCAUCCGGAAUAGAGAUCAAGAACCUGGUCUCCCCAGCCCUGACCAAAACCUUGCUGACGGCACCCAAGCUGGAUAACGCCUAUUUGCCGCCGUCUCCGGGUCUCACCAAAGUGGCCACUUACACCUCACCCGGAUACAGCUACAGUUCCGCCACUCCGGGUAUUUCCAAGGUGGCCACCUACUCUUCCCCAGCUCCCUCGAGCAUUCCCUACUAUGCCCCACCAGUGACCACAAAGGUGGCGACGUACAGCUCACCCGGAUACACAUACUCCAAGGCCACGCCUGGAUACUCCAAGGUGGAGACUUACUCCUCUCCCGGUUAUAGUUACGGUCAGAUCUCGCCCGGAAUCGCGAAGAUAGCCACAUACUCGCCGUCAGAAUCCUACUCUGCGCCAGCCAUUGCCAAGGUAUCCACCUACUCGGCUCCGGCAGUUAAAUUGGCGACCACCUCAUCCCUGCUCGCCUCUCACGGAACAGGCUACUCCGCCAGCUACGCUCCCACGAUCACCAAGUACAGUCAGGCGGCGGACGUGUCCCACCAGUACUUCUCCAAGCCCAUUGUGGCCGCGUAUCCGGGUCCUGCUUUGGUAGCCCCAGCUGUCACUAAGAUAGCCGCGGGCUACGGAGGCACUGCCUCUGGUGCCGUUUCCCAUCAGUAUGUAUCGAAGCCGGCAGUAGCAAUUGUGGCCACAUAUGGUGCUCCCUCUAUUUCCACCUAUUCCUCCGCUCCGGCGGUUACCAAAUUGGCCACUUCCUAUGGAGGCAGUGGGUUGGGCUAUAGUUCCGGAGCUGUUUCCCAUCAAUAUGUGUCCAAACCGGCUGUGGCCAUUGCCGCUGCUCCUGCUAUCGCUAAGGUGGCCACCUACUCGGCUCCAGCGAUAUCAACCUACUCCAGUGCUCCAGCCAUCUCAAAAAUAGCCGCCAUUGCUGCACCCACUGUGUCCACAUACUCGUCCGGACCACUGGUCUCUAAAGUAGCCACUGGCUAUGGUAUUAGUGGAUCUGGAGCGGUAUCGCACCAGUAUGUGUCGAAGCCCGCUGUGGCCACCAUUUCGGCUGCUCCAGCCAUUGCAAAGGUAGCCACCUAUGCCGCCCCAGCAGUGUCAACCUACGCCACUGCGCCGGCUAUUUCCAAAGUGGCCACCUCCUAUGGUGGUAGCGGGGCAGGAUACAGUUCGGGUGCUGUUUCCCACCAAUAUGUAUCCAAGCCGGCAGUGGCCACCAUCUCAGCCGCACCUGCCAUCUCCAAAGUGGCUACCUAUGCAUCUCCGGUUAUUUCCACUUACUCCUCAGCGCCAGUGGUGACGAAACUGGCCACCGGCUAUGGAGCAUCUGGCCACGGAGCUGUGUCCCAUCAAUAUGUGUCCAAGCCAGCUGUGGCUACCAUCUCUGCGGCUCCCGCCAUUGCCAAGGUGGCCACCUAUGCUGCUCCUGCAGUGUCUACCUACGCCACUGCUCCUGCCGUCUCCAAAAUAGCCACCUAUGCCGCUCCAGCGGUGGCCACCAAGAUCGCCUACAGCCAGGCGGCGGAUGUUUCCCACCAAUACAUCUCCAAGCCGAUUGUGGCCGCCUACCCUGCCGCGGCUCCUGCCUUGGUGGCUCCAGCAGUGACCAAGAUUCCCAGCUAUGGAGGAUCCGGCCAUGGUGCCGUUUCCCAUCAGUAUGUGUCCAAACCGGCAGUGGCCACAAUUGCCACAGCUCCUGCCAUUGCUAAAGUAGCAACCUAUGCUGCUCCUGCCAUUUCCACCUACUCCUCUGCUCCUGCGGUAACCAAAGUAUCCACUUCUUAUGGAGGAAGUAGUUUGGGCUACAGCUCGGGAGCUGCAGUGGCCACUAUAUCGGCAGCUCCUGCUAUUGCCAAGGUGGCGACCUACGCUGCUCCGGCCAUCUCUACUUACUCCGCUGCUCCCACUCUCACCAAGAUCGCCACGAGCUAUGGAGGAUCAGGCCAUGGCGCCGUCUCCCAUCAGUAUGUGUCCAAGCCGGCCAUCGCUGUUGCUCCAGUGGCUCCUGUGGCACCUCUAAUCUCCAAGACCUACCUACCAGCAGCUCCUGCUUUGACUCUCCAGCCCGCGAAAUUGGCCACAGGAUACGGAGUAAGUGGCUCCGGUGCUGUGUCUCAUCAAUACGUGUCCAAGCCAGCAGUAGCCACCAUCUCUGCUGCUCCUGCCAUUGCAAAGGUUGCUAGCUAUGCUGCUCCUGCCAUCUCCACCUACUCCACUGCUCCGGCCAUCUCGAAAAUUGCCACCUACGGUGCUCCAGCAGUUUCCACCAUCUCGGCUGCUCCCGGCUAUGGUAUCAGUGGCUCUGGUGCGGUAUCCCAUCAGUAUGUUUCCAAGCCAGCUGUGGCAACUAUUGCAGCGGCUCCUGCCAUAGCCAAAGUGGCCACCUAUGCAGCUCCAGCUGUGAGCCACAUAUCAACAGGACACGCCAUCUCCUCGGGACCUCUUUUGUCCACCUACUCUGCUGCUCCCGCCAUUGCCAAAGUGGCCACUGGCUAUGGAGUUAGUGGCUCCGGAGCUGUCUCCCAUCAGUAUGUGUCCAAGCCGGCUCCUGCCAUCGCCAAGGUGACCACCACAUACUCUGCUCCUGCAGUGAGCCACAUCACCACAGGACCUGCCAUCGCAAAGGUGGCUUCUCCCAUCGGUUUGGGCUUGGGCGUCGGCUAUGGCAUCAGUGGCCACGGACAUGGAGCAGCCUUGCUGGGAGCUCCUCUGACCAAGUUGACGUCUGCUCCUGCCUAUUCCCUGGGAGGAAAGUUGACGAGCAGCACUGCCUAUGGCAUUCAUGCGGGUAAACUUGGUCUGGGUGGAGGUCUUGGUGGAGGUCACGAUGGUGGCUACUACGGUGCCAUUUCCCUCGGACAUGCUGCCGUUUCUCCAGCCCUUAACUAUCAGGGUCUGCUGACCCACGGAUCCGGAUUGGCUCCAGCUACCGCCUCGCUGGGACACCUGGACUCCUCGUUGAGUGGCUACGCCCAUGGAGAAGGUGGCAUUGGACCUCUGGGUGCGGGUUUCUACCGCUAUGCUCCCAGUGUAUCGGCUCUUAGCAGUCACGCCCCGCUGGCGGCUACCGCCUACCUAAAAUCCGCCCCUGUGGCCCAGCCAGCUCUGCUGAAGGUGGUGCCCGAGAAGCACCUGGAGCACUUUGAUGCUCAUCCUCGUUAUGCCUUCGAGUAUGCCGUAAACGAUCCACACACCGGCGACAACAAGCACCAGAAGGAGGAGCGGGACGGAGACGUGGUCAAGGGCGAGUACUCCCUGGUGGAGCCCGACGGAAAUGUCCGCACCGUAAAGUACUACGCCGACUGGGAGACGGGUUUCCACGCCGAGGUCAUCAACAGUCGCGAUCAGGGCAAGAUUGUGGCCAAGCGUGAAACGGAAGCCAAGUCGUGAGCUUUUCAGGGGUCGCUAAUUGUUUGGUUCGUUCAGCCACUGUAAAUAGCCUAAAAUCCAAUCUUAUUCUCAUUAAACAUUAAACGUAUUUAUGUAAAUCCCACAACAACAAUCAACACCAACAACA